AUGACAACACCGGAGUACUCAUCGAAAGAACCACCCCAAUACAACCAGCUAGAAGGUGAAGUAAAUGGAGAACACCAACAUGACCACGGCCCUCAAGAGCAACUCCCUGCAUAUACACGCAGAUCCAAUAAUGCAUCUACAGCUACUUCCAUAUCGGAUCAAGAGUCAGAUAUUAUACUGAACCCCGAGAACCGUGAAAAACAAAAUGAAUGCAGUUUAUGUUGUCAUGAUUGUUUUUGUGGAGGGUGUUUUGGGUGUUGUACUGGACAAUCGAAUAUGCCAGGUAGUGAUCGGAGCUUAAUGGGGAAUAUAUUGGUUGUGUUGUGUUGUGGUGCUGGUGUCCAAGCUGGUUUAAGUAGUUGA